GGAGGGAGUGGAAACCCUACGAGGUCGAGGAGGAGGACGAGGAGGAUAGGCCGAUGGAUACAGCGGCGCUAUCGCGGAUCGGGCUGGCGGGGCUGGCGGUGAUGGGCCAGAAUCUGGCCCUCAACGUCGCCGAGAAGGGCUUCCCCAUCUCCGUCUACAACCGCACAGCCUCAAAGGUUGACGAGACCGUCUCCCGCGCUGCCACUGAGGGCGGCCUCCCCCUCUCCGGACACCGCUCCCCGCAGGACUUCGUCCUUUCCCUCCGCCGCCCCCGCGCCGUCGUCAUCCUCGUCAAGGCCGGCGCCCCCGUGGACCAGACCAUCGCCGCUCUCUCCCACUUCAUGGAACCCGGCGACGCCAUCAUCGACGGUGGUAACGAGUGGUACGAGAACACCGAGCGCCGCAUCCGCGAGGCCGCCGCCCGGGGCAUCCUCUACCUGGGCAUGGGCGUCUCUGGCGGCGAGGAUGGCGCCCGCCAUGGGCCUUCCCUCAUGCCCGGCGGCUCCCUCCAAGCCUACCGCAAUGUGGAGGACAUCCUCACCCGCGUCGCUGCCCAGGUCGAUGAUGGCCCCUGCGUCACCUUCGUUGGCGAGGGCGGCGCUGGCAACUUCGUCAAGAUGGUCCACAACGGCAUCGAGUACGGUGACAUGCAGCUGAUCGCCGAGGCAUAUGAUGUGCUCAGGGUUGUCGGUGGGCUGUCGAAUUCCGAGCUCGCCCAAACGUUUGGCGAAUGGAACCGCGGCGAGCUCGAGAGCUUCCUCAUCGAGAUCACUGCUGACAUCUUUGGAGUCCACGACGAGCAUGGUGGUGGAGAGCUCGUCGACAAGAUUCUAGACAAGACCGGGAUGAAGGGGACGGGUAAGUGGACGGUACAGCAGGCAGCUGAGCUCUCGGUUGCUGCGCCAACCAUCGCUGCCUCGCUGGACUGUCGAUACCUUAGCGGGCUUAAGGAGGAGAGAGAGGCUGCCUCCAAGGCUCUCGAACAAGCAGGCAUCGGCAGAGGCGAUUUUUCUGUAGGCCGAUCUAUCGACAAGAGACGCCUGAUUGAUGAUGUCCGGCAGGCACUCUAUGCCUCUAAGAUCUGUAGUUAUGCCCAAGGGAUGAACUUGCUCGGAGCUAAGAGUGCAGAGAAGGGAUGGAACCUGAAUCUUGGGGAGCUCGCAAGGAUUUGGAAGGGAGGGUGCAUCAUAAGGGCAAGGUUCUUGGACAGGAUCAAGAAGGCUUAUGAGCGUAACCUAGGGCUUGCAAACCUGAUUGUGGACCCAGAGUUUGCAAGGGAGAUGGUGCAGAGGCAGGCGGCAUGGCGGAGGGUUGUGGGACUUGCUAUUGAAGCUGGAAUCAGCACGCCAGGUAUGUGUGCCAGCCUUGCGUACUUUGACACCUAUCGCCGAGCAAGGCUGCCGGCGAACCUGGUGCAGGCUCAAAGGGACUACUUUGGGGCACACACCUAUGAGCGAGUCGACCGCCCCGGAUCAUUCCACACAGAGUGGUCCAAGAUUGCGAGGCAGAGCAAGAUUGGUGCAGGGAUUCUUAACUGAGGUGAUCUGGUUUAUCUGUUGGCAUCAGUAAGCUGAUAAAAGAAAUAUUCUCUGGAUGAUGUUGUGUUAUUGCACAUUCUAGGUAGAACUUUGUUGUUAAUAAAAGGUGCAUCUGCAGAGAUCUGCCUGCAAAGAAGAAAUGCUGGUGAUGUUAGGUGUAUCCAAUGGUGUGGGCUCUGAUUGAAUGUUGUUUGCCAUUUUUUUUUCUCAUGGUAUUGUACUUGCUAUUUGAUUCUGUUUUGUGCUUCCUUUUCAUAUGCAUGUUGGAUUUUGUUUCAGCAUUA